AUGUUCUACGAACCAGGGAAAACAGAUCACGGUCUGGACCAUGACCCUUUCAAGGCGUGCGUUGUCCCUCGGCCCAUAGGAUGGAUCAGCACGACCUCACCCUCGGGCGUGCACAAUCUCGCUCCUUACUCGCAGUUCAACAAUCUCACCUUUGACCCUCCGUAUGUCAUGUUCUCCGCCAACCAGACACCCUCCAACCGCCGUAAGGAUACGGUAGCCAACGUCGAGGCCACAGGUCGCUUCGUCUGGAACCUAGCGACAUGGGAUCUGCGCGAGGCCGUCAACACGACCGCCGAGCAGGUUCCAGCAGACGUUGACGAGUUUGCCCGGGCUGGGCUAGAGAAGGAGUUCACCACAGCACUCAAGGACCCUCAGCUUCCCAUGGUCAAGGCGAGCCCGGUCAAGUUUGAGUGUGUCUACCACACCACUCUGCGACUGCCCGGCAACCCACCCAUGGGUAGCGUUGAUGUGGUUAUUGGGCGUGUGAUCGCUGUCCACAUUGCCGAUGAUGUGCUGACGGAUGGGAUCCUGGAUGUGCGGAAGACGCAACCUAUUGCAAGACAAAUCGAGCCUCCAUGCCGUGACGACGUAAGGACCGUGUCAGGCAUUGACAAUGGCAUUGCAAAACGCCUGGAAAUCGGAGGCCAAAUCGACUUGAUGCGCAGACAGCCUCAGUGGGUCCCAAACUUGUCCACAGCCCGCUCGCUGUAG